CCAGUCCACAGGCAGAGAGAGAAGGUAACAGGGCCAGAUAUGCAGCGUCUCGCCUCCUCCCGGCGGCUCCUCCAGGCCGCGCUCGCCCCCGGCCGGGCGCAUUCCAGCCUCACCGCCGCCGCGGUCGCCGCCGCGCCGGAGAAUGGCGCCGGCGCCCCCAAGAUGCCGCCGUUCGCGUACACGCCGCCGCCGUACGACGGGCCGCGGGUGGCGGAGAUCGCCCAGAAGCGGGCCCAGUUCCUCAGCCCCUCGCUCUUCCACUUCUACGACCGCCCCUUGAACAUAGUCGAUGGAAAGAUGCAGUACCUGUUUGAUGAGGAUGGUCGCCGCUACCUUGACGCUUUUGGUGGCAUUGCUACCGUUUGUUGUGGGCACUGCCACCCUGAUGUGAUUGAAGCCAUAGUCAACCAGGCGAAGAAGAUACAACACUCCACAGUUCUGUAUCUGAAUCAUGCAAUUGCAGACUUUGCUGAGGCUUUGGCGGCCAAAAUGCCCGGUGAUCUGAAGGUUGUUUUCUUCACAAAUUCUGGCACGGAGGCAAAUGAGCUUGCACUGAUGAUCGCACGGCUUUACACUGGUUGCCAUGACAUUAUUUCGCUUAGGAAUGGAUACCACGGGAAUGCAGCUGCAACAAUGGGUGCCACUGGUCAAUGCAACUGGAAAUUCAACGUUGUACAGACGGGAGUGCACCAUGCACUUAAUCCAGACCCAUAUAGAGGCGCUUUCGGGUCAGAUGGAGAGAAAUAUGCCAGAGAUAUUCAGGAAACCAUUGACUAUGGGACUACAGGAAGAGUUGCAGGGUUCAUUUCAGAAGCCAUACAGGGAGUUGGUGGAAUUGUGGAACUGGCGCCAGGAUACUUACCUGUGGCCUACGAUAUGGUAAGGAAAGCUGGUGGCCUCUGCAUUGCUGACGAAGUUCAGGCAGGAGUUGCGCGAACUGGAAGCCACUUCUGGGGAUUUGAAGGGCACGGCGUCAUCCCGGACAUAGUCACAAUGGCAAAGGGUAUAGGGAAUGGAAUACCGAUAGGAGCGGUUGUUACAACGCCUGAGAUCGCUAAGGUGUUAACCCGCAGGAGUUACUUCAAUACCUUUGGUGGCAACCCUGUCAGUACUGCUGCCGGCCACGCUGUUCUCAAAGUGCUGGAGAAAGAAAAGCUCCAGGAAAAUGCGUUCGUUGUUGGCUCCUACCUGAAGGAUCAACUUAACGCUCUGAAAGAGAAGCAUGACAUCAUCGGCGAUGUUAGGGGGAAAGGCCUCCUUCUUGGUGUUGAGCUGGUGACCGACCGGCAGAAGAAAACCCCGGCGAAGGCUGAGAUCGCGCAGGUCAUGAGCCACAUGAAAGAUAUGGGCGUGCUGGUGGGGAAGGGCGGUUUCUUCGGCAACGUGUUCAGGGUGACACCGCCGUUGUGCUUCUCCAAGGAGGACUCCGACUUCUUGAUCGAGGUGAUGGACAUCGCGCUGUCGAAGCUGUGAAGAGGCACUGAGCUCAUGCAGGCUUAGCAUGGGGAGCAGCAUCCAUAAAUAAGAGACGAUCUGCGAGACAGCACCUCGUUGUCUCGUGUUCUGUCUUGCAAACCCUCGAGUGCGCACAUCUGAUCCGUGUUUCGUCGACAUUAUUAGGCUUGCUGCCUUGAGUAGUAAACUGUAUGCAUGACCAAUAAGUUCUUGGUAAUAAAGAUAUUCAGAUGUGUUUUAUUGUA